AUGGCGUCACAAGAUCCAACCUGCCAGGCAGUGAACUUGUCUGAUGGCCAGCCAUGUACCGCUGUCGCUACGACGUGGGAAAACCUUUUCUGUAGGUUUCACGGAAAGCAGUGCCAUGGCCUAUAUAUCGGCUACAAGAGACGAAAUGCCAAACUGGAUGCUCUGUCGGACAAUGCUCCCCUUUACCUAAAAACAGCUAAGGUUCCACUGGCCAACGAAACGUUUGAAGAUGCCAGCGACGAGACUGUCUUGCGGGAGAUACACGCUCAUCUCUACCAAGAAUAUGUACUUCUUGGAAAGGUGAUGGACGCGCGGAAGCUUCAUCAUAAGCACUUCUACCCGCUCCAGAUGGACUAUGGCCAUCAGGCUUAUCUGGAUACUCUUUCUAAUCGGCGUCAUAUCGUCUUGCGUGCGCUCGAGAAGCUCGAGACACGCACUGCUCAGGUUCUUUAUGAGAAAGAAAAAUGGUACAAAUGGGUCCGCGAAGUCCAACUGGAAGAAGAGGCGACUCGUGAAAAAGAAUCGAAGAAAGCCAAGCUCGAGGCAGCCAUGUUCAAGCGCCACUGGAAGAAGAUGCAGACUCGCUUGCGAGCUCAGCGCAAGAAGGAAGAAAAGCAGCGCCAAGAUGCCUAUCUUGAAACAGCCUACCAGGAGCGCAUGUCUAUGUCAGUUGAUAACGAAGACGACGCGGAAAUGUGGGAUCCCAUCGAAGAUGUCGUCGAUGACGAACGUAGUCGAUAUGUUGACCUUAUAAAGCAUUUCCUAUGGAUGGAGGUCCUCGCUGACAUCGACGAAAGCGAGAGUUCUACUCGGAAAACUGCCGAUUCCUCCAAUCCUGCCGGUAGUAUGGAAAAGCUUGCAAUAUCUGAAGAGAAGCAGCCCAAACGGUCAAAGAAGAAGGCGAAAUCCAAAGCUACAAAACAAGUACCUAUAAUAAGUAAAACUAAACCCCAGGGAGGCACCGCCUCAUCCCGCGAUCGUCUGACAGGCCAAAGCCGAAUCAUGGAGAUGAUAGAUGAUGAUUCAGAGCCACUAGAGGAGCUCCCAGAGCCGGACAAGAGCAAUAUCGAGACCGAGUCUGAAAUGAGAAAACGCCUCAAAGAAGGCGUAGAAAAGAACUACGACGAUAUCGAGGGUCCGAUUUUAGUUGGAACCUUGGAAAACCCUCACGGCACCCACCUUAAGACAGCUCCCUUAGCAGAUGAAGAGAUUGAUUCUCUCAUGAGAGACAUAAAGGAGAUUAAGCUGUUCUUAUUCUGCCGUCUCCUCUUAUCGCACGCCUCCUUACUCCCUGCGGCUGUGCGGUCCUCAAGCGUAGAAGCGUUCCUUAGUGAUCCCGAGAUUGCUGAAUCCGACCUCCGGGAUCUCUGCCUUAAAGUAGAACAGCCUAGUCUUCAGGACAUUCGGGAUGCUUGUGCGGAUCUUAUUAGGGGAGACGAGCCUGAGGUGGAGGAGGACGAUGAGGACGUCCUCGAGGAAGAAUCAUUCGAAGACGUUAUACUCCAAGAACAUCGAUAUGGUCACCUCCAAGGCCCUGAAUGGUUCCUGUCUAACAUGCUUGCCCAGCGUCAGAAACUCGUUGGCAAAGAUGGCGAACUUGAAAAGUUUAAGAAAGAGUUUGGCAAGAAAUCCCGUAAGCAGAGCAAGAUGAAAAUUCGUAUCUGUGGUAAAAGCAUCUGGAACUAUUCAAGCGAAAACUCCAUGUCUCGAAAUGGCUGGCUUCAGUUCUCCGUCAUGGCAAAAGACUGCGACUUAAAGCAUGCCGUCCAGCUCUGUAGAAACUGGGACGAAUUCUCGCAGCUCAACUUCCUUACCGUUUGGCAAUACUUCCCCGCAUCGAACUGGAUAUCUUGGGGAAGCGAUAGGUUAACGCAACAGCUACAUGAACUUGGGUUCUUCCCCUAUUUCAAGGACUUCGAGGCCCGGAAUCAUAGCCGGCAUUUUCAGAUUGGUGCUCGGAGCCAGCACCGGCGCCAGCACAAUAUUGUCGAAGCUAGAAACAUUGUUGUCGGCCACAUGAGACGCAACGACUCGGUAACUCGCCGUUUUCUCCAAUAUUGUACGAUGCGCGCCGGUGAGUUGCUCGUCCUCGUGCGGGAUGGCAAGACAGGAAAGAUAAUUACCGCCCCUGAAGAGGAGCAUCUGUGGACAUUACGCCGUAAGGAAGGACUUGGUCGCGCCUCGAAGAAUGAGUGGGAUAUACUACUCGAGGUUGGCCCUGAGUACUUUGAUAUGGUGGACAUACUCAGAAAAUGGCGCCUGGGCUUCGAAGACUAUUACGAAGUCUGGCUAUGGGACUUUGUCCCUUGCAACGACCCUAUCCUUCUUUACAACAUAAUCGUUACGGAACUCCGAAAAGCAUGGAGGGUAGCCAAGCCUUUUGACGUGUAUCGGCACAGAGAGCCGUUCCUUCGCGGUCUCACAAGAGAUAAAGAGACGAUGCGUGUUCGUUCUAUCCAGCCGGGAGAGCAAGUCGCAAGCUUGUGGGACGACGUCAACGAUCCAUCAAACACAUUUCUCACAGCGGACGUAGUGAAUAAGACGGUCCUCGAAACGAGCGGCGAGGCGCAUAUCGAGUCUUCCCCGUACCUAUUCUACAAUGAUUCCGAUGCUGCCGAGGACUUGGUCCUCUUUUCCGAUGAACUCAUCACACCUAAUCGAAAUGUUCCCUUUAGGGAGGUUACAAACUCGAUUACUCGGCUGGAGACGACGCCAGCUACGAUGAUUAACGUCCUAGCCGAGGGAGCCAGAGAGAUGAGCAAGCGGGACAAAAACCUGUCUGACCUCCCUGACUCCGACAACGAUGAGGACUGGAGUACAGAUCUCGAAUCCGAUAGCGACGACGAGGACAAGAAGAAAAUUGUAACUCACUGGAGCCUACCACAGAUAUGGGAAGACGCGAUCGCAACGAUCAAUCAUAACUAUAUUAGUAGCGAGAAGAAAAAACUGCUACGUCGAGUCGGGCUUCUGAGCGAGUCCUCAGAGGUGAUUCGUGGCGGCAUUAAUAGCCUUUACGGCGUGGAAUCCAAGUUGAAAGAAUCCGACAAAAUCAUGGUCAUGGAAAAGGAUCGUGGUGAUGCAUUUGUCGAGGCAUUCCAUGCCGGAGACUUAGAACCAGGUGCUCAAGAGAAAUAUGCUGAAACCCGCAAGAUCCUUGGUGGUAUCCUCGGGUCUCACCAAACCAGCGAGUCGACAGACUGGGUUUGGUUUCUGGUUGACAUGCUCGACUGGCUCGGGCUUAGAACCGAUUAUAAGAACUAUACGCGCGAUGCACGUGCGGGCUGGCCACACCCGUUCAUUGCACAGGACAUCAUCAAAUCGUUCGUUUCCAUGGCUAUGUUUUUCCCAAGCUUGGAGCUGUGUAGACCUGUGACAGACUUCUUCGAGUCGGAAGACGGCCAAAAGUAUAAGGAUACCCCCCUUCUUAAGUUGGACGAGCGCGCCAAGAAACUCCCGGAUUGUCGCAUGAGGACAAGCUUCAAGUAUCGACCAAAAGAGUUCUGGAGGGAGUGGGAGGGUGUGCUGAAGGAAGCCAAGACAAAGCAGAAAUACUAUGCGGAUAUAUACCCGAUGGAAUGGAGUGUUGCCAUUCGGCCCAUCAUUGCGAAGUUAUACCUCGCCGGAGUUAUCGCCCCGGGAUAUUUACAAAACGAUCCGCUGGUUGUUCCCGGCUUUGCCGUUGCCAACUCCGAGCCGCACCGCCCAGGCAAGCUGGAUCUAUUCAUGGACUACGCCGACCGACAGAAGGCGAUCCAGUAUCCUCAGAAUAUCCCGGGCUUCGUCAGUCCCGAUAAGUGGCCUGUCUUCCUCCCGCUCGCCCGGACUUUUGCCUCUAAGCACGACAAGUCGAGAUUCGCGGUCCUCCGCAUUUGGUCGGCGCCGCACUUCUACCCAGCAAUGUUGGGUGGCUGGAACCGGCAUGCCACAGCGUUUCUUGACAGCACAGCACGGUCCUGGAUCUGGAAGUUCAUCCCCAAGGACAUGCCAAUCAGCGAAUGGAGUAUGUACCAUACUAUAAAAACGCGCCUUGAGCUUCUAAAAGAGGAACUCAAGGUCGGAGAACGUGUCGUGCACCGCGGCGAGACUAUCCUCGUUAUGGGUCUUGACGAGGCCGAGCUACUGAAGUACGUCACAGCAGUUGUAUUUGCGAUCCAGACGAAGCCAUGGCACCGAGAGAUCGACCUCUGGAAGAGUUUUGUCAACGUUGACUUGGAGUUUCUGGAGGGGUUGGAUCCAUACUGGCUGGACUGA